UUUCUUUCCGCGGAGCCUGCGCGCAGUGUUGUUCCGAUCCGCGGUGGGAUUAAACACACAACGGCGGGGACGAUGUUUCGCAGGAGCCCGAGCGUGUGCGUGACCCUGUGCUUGUGGAUUACGGCGUUAACGAGCCCCGGGAGCGCGUCCGCGAGGAAGCAGGACGACUCUUUCUUCACCGGCAGCGUUUAUCGUGCGAGAUGCGCCUCGAGAUGCCUCAGCCUGCACAUCACUCGCAUCUCCGCGUUCUUCAAGAACUCCCAGAAUAACGGAUCCUUGGUCUGGUGCCAGAAUCACAAACAGUGCUCCAAGUGCCUGGAGCCCUGCAAGGAAUCCUGGGACCUGAAGGAAAACCAGUGCCAAGAUUUAUGCGAGCCCCUCUUUCCCAAGAAGCACUACGAGUGUCUUACGAGCUGCGAAUUCUUAAAGUCCAUAGAGGGAGUGAAGCAAGGCGACUGCCCUGCCCCGGAGAAGGCCAGCGGCUUUGCAGCAGCCUGCGUGGAGAGCUGCGAGGAGGACGCAGAGUGCUCGGCUGUCAAAAAGUGCUGCUCCAACGGCUGCGGCCACACUUGCCAGCUGCCCAAGAACCUCUACAAAGGAGUCCCUCUGAAGCCAAGGAAAGAGCUGGUGUUCCUGGAGCAGCCGUCAGGUCAGCUUGAGAUCCGCUGGUCCUCCAAGUUCAACAUCUCCGUGGAGCCAGCCCUGUACGUGGUGCAGCGCCGCUGGAACUACGGCAUCCAUCCCAGCGAGGAUGACGCCACGGAGUGGCAGACAGUGGCGCAGACUGCAGAGGAGCGCAUCCAACUGGCUGACAUCAGAGCCAGCAGAUGGUACCAGUUCAGAGUUGCCGCAGUCAAUGUCCAUGGGACCCGUGGCUUCACUGCGCCCAGCAAACACUUCCGCUCUUCCAGAGAUCCAUCCGCCCCUCCCAGGCCGACCAGUCUGCGUGUCACCAACGUGACGCUGGGCGACGAGGGCCUAGUGACGGCUCGUCUCAACUGGACCCUGCCGGAGGAGCCCGAUAUUCCGAUCCACCACUACAAAGUGUUCUGGAGCUGGACCGUGCCCACCAAGUCCAUGGUGCCGUCCAAGAAGAAAAGGAGAAAGACCACCAAUGGGGCCCAGAGCUGGGUGGAUCUGGAGGGACUGCAACAAAACAGCAGUUACACUGUGGAGCUGCAGGCUGUCACAUACUGGGGGCAGGUGCGCCUGAAGAGCUCCAAGGCCUCCCUCCACUUCAGUACCACCCAGAAUAAUGAAUCAGCGAAAUCACUGCUGAAGACAAAGAAGGAGGAGAUAUCCCCUCUUGGCUCGACCCUAUCCAAACGUCCUUCUGGCCCUCUAGAGGUAGGCACACCCUUCUACCAGGAUGGCCAGCUGCAGGUCCGUGUCUACUGGAAGAACCGAGGAGACCCCACUAUGAGUCGCUACCACGUCCAGUGGAUGCCGGAGUACUGCAGCCACAAUGAGACCAGGGGACCGGAGAAAUCCGUCACGCAGGAGAACUACAUCAACCUCCCGGGUCUGCUGUUCUCCUGCAAGUACAAAGUCACCGUUCACAUGCUGAAGUCCAAGAGACGCUCCAAGGACGAGAGCACCACCUUCCUCACCCCGUCCUGCGCCACCAUCCAGAGCAAGACUCACAAACACAUCCCCUGCCCCGGGGAGGGAGCUUCGGGGCUUCCAAAAGUUUUGGCUAAGCCAGAGAACCUGACGGCUUCGUUUUCCAUCAAUGACGGAAACAUCACCGGCAACUUCCUGUGGCGUGUGUCUAGGAUGGCUCCCCAUCUGAGAAUCACUGGUUUCCAGGUCACCUGGGCUGAGAUCACCACUGAAAGCCGGCAAAACAGCCUGCCCAAUAGCAUAAUCUCCCAGUCCCAGAUCCUGCCUCCGGAUCAUAACUUGCUCGUAGUGUCCAACCUGCGGCCAUCCACUUACUACAGACUGGAGGUGCAGGUCAUAACAACUGGAGGUGAAGGUCCUGCCACCGUCAAGACCUUCCAGACCCCCAACAUUUUACCAGUCAUACUACACCGACCCAGACUCCGGCAGCACCACUCUCAUCACCAGAAGCCGUCAGUAGAGAGACACUGAGUUUGCGAGGCGAGGCAAACCCAAUGGGGAGAAGUACCAGUGGCUCUCUGUUCCUGUCUGUCAGGGAAGGAAUGUUUGGAACCAAACAGAAACUCAGUGCACCAGACCAUGAACUGACCCCCUCCUUGCUCAUGAAAUAUGGGUCUAUCUCCUCCAGGCUCCACAACACGCCAGCUAUUCCUUCGUAACCCUUCUCUCUCUCCCUCUCUCUCUCUGUCUCUCUCUCUCUCUCUCCCUCUAUCUCCCUCUCUCUCUCUCUCUCUCUCCUGCUCUCCUGACUCUCAUGUCACCAGACAGGCUUGCCUGUACAGUGAAAUUUACAAUGCAAGGUUUUCAUAUCGUGCGCUGGUUAGUGCGCAGCUCCCCAACUCAUCCCAGGCUCGUAAGGAAGUUAGGAAAUUCCAGGAACCCACAAAUUUGCUGUGAUCCAGCUGUCACUGUGCACAACUAAAAGACCACUGAUUGGAUUUGGUUAAUACACGGUUGAAAGAAGCAGAAAUACUUUGGGAAUUGAUUGAAGACGGUUGAACGCGGUUGGUAGGGUAUAUCCGAACCGUAAAACAAGUGUUUAUUCACGAAGAGAGGAAAAGUAGAAAUUCAUCUAUUUAUUUUGAGUUACCCUUUAAAGAGGCGCUUAGGCAUACAGUCAGUACUGAUGGAUAAUGUAACUAAAGUCAUUGUUGUCUAACCCAAAAUAUUUCACGUAGUAUGUUGCAUGUAGUACAUUUGAUUUUAGAACUGUAAAUGAAUUACUUGCUUCAAAUUGAAAGCUCGUAAUGGUUUUGCAUGGCAGCCGUUAGCAUUCUGUUGGCAUGAAAUAACGUCUGUGUUACCUCUUUUCGAUAUGUUAGCAAUAUUUCAUUAACAGAUUAACAAAGAAUUAUAUUGGAAGUAAUAUGUAAUGUUUAUUAAUGAAAUUAUAACUUGUGUGGAAAUGAUGAAUUGUACAUGUUCUUGGCUGUAGAAAUAUUUGUCGUGGAACAGUCAGUGAAUGUCUAUAUUUAUUUAUGUGUGUAUUACAAAGUUUGGUUUGGAUGUGUGUGAAUGUGUAUGUUUCUGUGCGUUUUAGUCUCCCAAUUUUUUGAACCGGCAAAAAAUCUUGUAAAGACAUUUUGUAAAAAUGGAAUUGUAAAUACAGUCUUAUGUUACAUGUUAUUUUUCCAUGGUAGAAACUGUACAAAACUGCUAAGUAAUAAAAUAAUCCUUAACCUGUG